UUUUCACGACGGCAUGACGAGGAAAAAUGGCUGACCAGGCACAGUUCGAAGCUCUCUUGGAGAGAUUGAUGAGCACUGAUAAUGACGUCAGAACACAAUCAGAGGAAAACUAUGACAAGAUUCCAGCGACAACUAAGAUUCCUUUCUUGGUCCAGUCUAUGAAAAACAGCAAUGGCUCUAUUGAGACCAGAACGAUGUCUGCAGUGCUGCUGCGACGUCUGUUUUCCUGUAAUUUUGAAGAAAGUUGGCCCACUUUAUCAGAUGAAAUGAAGGCAACUAUAAAAAAACAAAUGAUGAUCGCCAUCAGAGAGGAGUUAACUCCCCCUGUCAGACGGAAAGUCUGUGAUGCUACAGCAGAGCUUGCCAGAAAUAUGAUUGAUGAUGAUGAAAAUGUCACAUGGCCAGAAAUAUUGGAGUUUCUCUUUGAAUGUGCAAGUCAUGAGGAUUCUGGUCUCCGAGAGAGUGCCCUGCAUAUCUUCACGAAUGUGCCUGGUAUAUUUGGCAACCAACAGAACCACUACCUUGGUGUAAUAAAACAGAUGUUGAACGCUAACUUAAACGACGGUGAUCAUCUCCAAGUUAGAAUCGAGGCAGUAAAGGCUACAACAGCAUUUCUUGUAGCUAACGACAAACAACAAUCCAUCCUUGCCCACUUCAAAGACCUGUUGCCAGCCAUUUUACAGGCUAUGGUUGACAGCGUGAAUGCUCAAGAUGACGACAGCCUUCUGAAAUGUCUGAUUGAAUUAGCAGAAACAGUUCCAAAGUACUUACGCAGUCAGCUCGAUAACAUUAUACCAUUCUGUCUGAAGAUUGUGUCCGAUGCCAACCUGGAGGAUUCCUGGAGACAGUUAGGGAUGGAAGCCAUAGUGACCUUGUCAGAAACUGCUCCAGCUAUGGUUCGCAAAUUCAGCAAAUUCAUGUCCCUCCUUGUGCCACAGAUUCUGGCGUUGAUGGUCGACCUUGAGGAAGAGGAAGAUUGGGCACUACAAGAUGAACCUGAAGAGGAAGAUACAGAAAGUAAUGCCAUUUCAGCAGAGAGUGCGUUAGACCGUCUGGCCUGUGCUCUGGGCGGGAAGACUACUCUGCCCCACAUCCUGGCAAACAUUCCACAGAUGUUGCAGAACAAUGACUGGCGGUACAGACACGCGGCCUUGAUGGCUAUAUCGGCCUGUGGGGAGGGAUGCCACCAACAGAUGGAGAUCAUGCUUGGCAAUGUUGUCGAGGCCAUUUUGCCCUUCCUCAAGGAUCCUCAUCCACGAGUCCGAUAUGCUGCUUGCAAUGCCAUAGGACAAAUUUCAACAGAUUUUGGACCAGUAUUGCAGAAAAAGUUUCAUGAAAAGGUCGUACCGUCUCUGCUGAUGGUCAUGGAUGAUGAUGCUCAUCCUCGAGUACAGGCACAUGGUGCAGCAGCCCUUGUAAACUUCAGCGAGGACUGUCCUAAAACUAUCCUUGUCCAGUACCUUGACGUCAUCAUACUCAAGUUGGAGCAAGUUCUUGUUAGCAAGUUUAAAGAGUUAAUGGAGAAAGGAACAAAAAUGGUUCUUGAGCAGGUAGUCACGACGCUGGCGUCGGUGGCAGAUACUGCUGAAGAAAAGUUUGUACAGUAUUAUGACAGGUUUAUGCCAUCACUGAAGUAUAUAGUACAGCAGGCCAAUCAGACAGAGCUGAGACUGCUCCGAGGGAAGACGAUAGAAUGUAUCAGUUUGAUAGGCCUGGCGGUAGGCAAAGAAAGAUGUCAUCUGUUUUUGCAGUUCCUUCAGGACUGCAGCGAGGUGAUGCAGCUGUUACUGAAAUCUCAGACAGAACAACAAGAUAUGGCUGACGAUGACCCACAGAUUUCUUACAUGAUUUCUGCUUGGGCUAGAAUGUGCAAAAUUUUGGGAAAAGAAUUUCAACAGUAUCUGCCUCUAGUCAUUGGUCCUGUUCUCAAAGCUGCCUCAUUGAAGCCAGAGGUUGCACUACUGGAAAGUGAAGAGAUGAAAGAAAUGUACAGUGAUCAGGACUGGCAAUUUGUUACUGUUGGUGACCAGCAAAGUUUCGGUAUCCGUACAGCAGGACUUGAAGAAAAAGCCACAGCAUGCCAGAUGUUAGUAUGUUAUGCCCGCGAGCUCAAGGAAGCCUUCGCGUCAUAUGCAGAAGAAGUCUGCAGAAUUAUGGUGCCUCUACUUAAAUUUUAUUUUCAUGAUGAUAUUCGGAUAGCAGCCUCAGAAAGCCUGCCAUUUCUAAUAGACUGUGCCAAGAUUCGUGGGGAGCAGUACGUAGCAGAGAUGUGGCAGUACAUAUGUCCACACUUACUGAAGGCGAUCGAGAUAGAACCCGAACAAUCUGUACUACCCGAACACAUGAACUCGCUAGCAAAGUGCAUAGAAAAACUUGGAAAAGGCUGUUUAACAAUGGAAAAUCUUAAUUUAUUGACACAACUUGUAGAUAAACAGUUACAGGAGCACUUCAAGAAACAAGAUGAGCGACAAGCUAAAAGAGUUGAUGAAGAUUAUGAUGAGGAUGUAGAGGAUGAACUUAUGGAUGAGGAUGAUGAAGAUGUAUACAUCCUCAGUAAAAUUGCUGACAUCAUUCAUGCACUGUUCGGCACACACAAGGAGGAAUUCCUGCCCAUCUUUGAACAGCUCAUGGGUUACUUUGUCCGCUUACUGGGGGCAGAGCGACCAUGGCCAGACAAACAGUGGGGCUUGUGUAUCUGGGACGAUGUUAUUGAGCAUUGCGGAGCGCACUCUGUGAAGUACCAGGAAUACUUUCUGCAGAGUAUGAUGACCUACCUUACUGAAAAAAGUGCUGAAGUUCGCCAGGCUGCAGCGUAUGGUGUUGGUGUCAUGGCCCAGUUUGGAGGGGAUGUGUAUGCACAAGCCUGUGCUGAAGCCUUACCUCUACUGCUGAAGAUGAUCCAAGAUCCUGAUGCUCGGGCCGUGGAGAAUGUUAACCCAACAGAAAAUGCCAUCUCUGCGGUUACCAAGAUUUGUAAAUACAACUCUACCAGAAUCAAUAUAAACGAGAUAUUAGGGGCCUGGAUCACCUGGUUACCUGUUUGGGAAGAUGAAGAUGAGGCUGUCCAUAUAUAUGGGUAUCUCUGUGAUCUGAUAGAAAUAAAUCAUCCUGUUAUCCUUGGGGAGAACAACAAGAACCUGCCACAAAUUGUCUGUAUCAUCGGUGAAGCAAUACACAAAGAGGCUGUGUCAUCAGACGAUGAUGUGUUCAAGAGACUUCUGAACAUCGUACGGCAAGUACAGAGUAACCAGGACUUGUUCCAGGUGUGUUUGCCUCUCCUGUCCCAGGACCAGCAGCAAGCCCUGUCAGAGGCCCUUACUGCUGCCCAGAGCUGAGGACUGUCAAUGCCUUUACGGCCAUGUUAAUACAGUAGUGAUCAUCACUAAUGCCAAAUCUGCGAAUCUGCUGUCUGCAAUAUUGGGCACACACCCCAGUCUGUUAGUAUUUUGGCAUAUGUCAAGCAUUUUGGGGAACUUGAUGGAGCUGAUGCUGUUCAAACAUCUCUACAUACUGCACGGUUGAAAUUUACCUCCAUUUGUGAUUUUCAGUAAACAAUUAACAGAUUUACAUAUGAGGAAUUUCUGAGCAGUGUUUGUAGACAGUGUUUCCAAGGAUUAAGCACCUGCUUGAUGGAGAGUGGUGGCAUUGUUUUCAGAUCUUCUGUGUAUACGUCAUUAUAUGUAUGCAGAGGGUUGAGUCUAGCAAUGUUUUCGGCAUGUUGCUCAGAGAUUUUGUGUGAUAAUUGCUAGGAACAUAAAGUGGACGCAAACGUAUAUUUAUGUGAUUUCAGAUUCUCAUGCCACUAUGAGGCCAAUUUUUGCUCGAUCAGUUUGAUGCCGAUUCUAUUAAAGGGAUAUAAUUACACAUUCUCAUGAUAUUUAGGUAAUUAAUUCCCGUUAUUUAAUAGAUAAAAGCACCAACUUAGAGAGGUAACGUUUGGUAUUGAUUUAUUAUCAUUGUAUCAUUAAUUAGUUUGGAUAUGAAUUUGUAUUCAGUACCAAAAUGGAAGUAAAGACAUUGUGAUGUCAUGCCUCUCUCACAAAGUGAAAUUUAGAAAGAAUAGACCGUAGACAUGAGUUGAUGAAAGCUACAGUCGGUAGGGGAGAGUCGUUUGUCAUAGGCCUUGAGAUCGCUAACAUAUUCAGGAGAUAACAAUUAUCAUGCAAUUUAUUGUUUCAGGUAUUAUGGUCAUCAAGUGUCCAAAACAAUAAGAAAUCUCCUUCAGAACUUUCAAUACCAGAUUGUUCAUUAAUGUUUCAAUUAAAUCUUUAUAUAAUGGUUUUGCAUUUGGUAGCUUUGAUUGGAUUGAUUUUAGUCAACAGCCAAGUCCCAUCAGUGUCAGUGUCUGACACGGCUACAUGACUUCAGCUGUAUAUGUAGCACAGUGUGAGGUUGUUGGUGCUUCCCUCUGUAUUUCUUUGUGAUUCUGUUAUAAUCCUUCAUGAGAUUGCAUUUUUUGUCCUUAUGAUAGUCUAUAUGAAUUAUCGAUGGAUAGUCUAUAUGAAUUAUCGAUGGAUAGUCUAUAUGAAUUAUCGAUGGAUAGUCUAUAUGAAUUAUCGAUGGAUAGUCUAUAUGAAUUAUCGAUGGAUGUGCCGAUUUUGUUGUCCACUUUUGACGGAUUGUUUUGUUAUCAGAUUUGUGGAUAUUGUCAUUAUUGUUAAGUAUGUUAUUGUCAGCCUAUAUUAAACCAGUGGAUUGGUUUGCUGUACAACUGGGAUUCUGAUAAAGACGGACUCACAAGUGGCAUCUUUACAUGUAAUACUGUUAGGUCAGUGUUUCAAAACUUACAAUAAAAUAGCAAAUAUAUAUACUGUAUGACAUGGUAUUAUUGCCUCAAAAACAAUAGAAAGAAAAAGUUCCGUGUUACUGCAGUGUAUAAGAGUCGAAUUAUAGUUCCAAAAUAUCUGCAAAUAAUGUGUUUGUCUUUGCUGAAAAAGUUUUGUAAAUGUAAAUUGAAAAAAAAAUUUGAACAAUUAAGAAAAAAGAAGAAAAAAAUUAAGAAAAAAAAUACUUCCAUAAAUGGUAGAUUUCAGCUGAACAUAUAGUUUCAAUUGCAGGAUCUCAUUCCAUAAAGUUAAAAGAUUGCUUAAUUAAAAGAAAAGUAUUCAGUGUGGGAAUACAUUAUAAAACAUGAUAACUCCAUUUCAUGGAGUAAAGCACCAUCUAUUGGUCUAACGAAAUAUUGAUUUAAAUCUGAUUUAGUUUUUACUUGCAUAUUUUUUAAUGUGUCAUAUGAUUCUGAUUUUGAUAAGCACAAAGAAUUUUAACCUAGGAAUUUUUUUUUCUCUCCAUUAGGUGCUAGCUUUUAAUAAAUAAAUGUUUACGAUUUAAGAAGUCAGUGGUCACUUUUAAAUAGAAAAGUUUUAUGUGGUGAUCCAAAUAUGGUCCCAAUCACAAUGUUGGUUCUGUCAGAAUCUAUCUGUGAAAUCGAAGCAAUUAUUGUUGUGGGCCCUAAAUUUGUCUGAAUAUUAGAUUUAAAGGCUAGUGCUUUUUAUAGUCUAAUUCCUCUUUCAAUAAAUACAAUUCACUUGUUGGUAUUUUAAUUUUGAAAGUAUCCAAACAUGCACUAGACUGACUGACUCCAAAUAUGCUCUGUGAAAAUCCACUAGUGAUGCACAAGGAAUGACAAACUGUUGUAUACAGAAGAAAGUUGAAAAGGGGGAAAUGAAUUCAAAGUAUCCCUGAAUUAUAAUUUGUUAUAUUUAAUCUGAAAUUAUCAUGUUUUAAUUGUAUUUGUAUAUUCCAACUGAUACUAUUUAUUGUUACCACAUAUUCCAGUCAUCUUGUACAGUAAAUGAAUCAAGUAGAAAUGUUGAUUUUCCUUAUAUUCGUCUCUUUCAAAUUUCAAUACACAAAGAUUGUUUGAUCCUGUAAAAUAAUUUAAGAGCAGUUCUAUUGCAAGAUUGUUCAUUCCGCUAUGUUUGAGUUGCCUCCCUUGGCAUAAACAACUGAAUUUUGUAAAGUCAAGAAAAGCUGGUAUCAUGGAAGCAGUGCAUGGGAUGAUAUACAUUUUAGAAAAAUAUUGUAGGAUUUGGCAGUUUGGUCGGGUGCAAGUUCAAGUACAAUAACUGGUUAUACAGAUUGUACUCAGAGUUUAGUACAGUAAGUUAGAUUGAUGACCGAUGCCUUAAUGUUUAAAUGAAAUCUGAGGUCAAUUACGUAAUGUAUUCAAUAGAACAGUUAGAAAUCUAAAUAAAAUACAGAUCAUCAUUACACACCAUGAAAAUGUUAAUUAGCCUCUGAUCUAUCUGUUUUGCUACUAAAUUUCCUCCCAGGGCAAGGAUCAAUUAUGAGAUUGUCGGAGAAAAGUAGAUUCUGGCAAAAUUUUGCCAGUUGUGCUCUGAUUGAUCAGUUGAAAGUUCAUCAUAACGUGAGCCCUAACCGGCCUCCAUCAAAUAUUCUUAACACACUGUAUAAUGAUGAUCUGUAUUUUAAUCAGAUUGCAAAGAUGGAUGCCUAUUGUAAAAUUUGUAUUUGCAAAAAAACUAAGGAAUCUACCUGAAAAAGUUAAAGUUGACACAAUCUUACCUUUUUGCUGAUGAUUUGUGCUACAUUCCUGCUAGUUGUAGUAUUUAUGAAUGAACCAUCAUGUAUUAAGCUUGUUUUGAAUUGAAUAUCCCCGCUAUUAUGUAAGGACGCUUUAGUGUUUGGUUUGUGUGCUAUACAAGGUAUUCUGUCCAUAUCAUACAGCCAACUGUAGUAAAUCACAUUACAAGUAAAUCGCUUAAUAAGGCUUGGGUUUAUUUUACUAAAAGCUUUGAUUGCAAAUUCACAAAAACGGAUUCAUACAAUUUAAGUGAUAUAAAGGAAAGAUUCUCUUCAUUAACAGAAAUAUGUACAAACUUUAAUCAACAGUUGAGAACUGAAAAUGGGUAUCAAAGGAUCGAAGUAAACAAAUUAUUUCAUUUAUUUUCAAUAUUUGUUUAAUUUUAUAAGAAUAUUGGCCUUUUUUCUAUCUGGCCGUCUUGUAACAUAUUAAGUUUGAAAGGUUUCUUUUUGGACUGAUUAGAGAAAAAGUCUGAAAUAGUGUUCUGUAAUUUAAGGUUAAAUGUUUUCUUACCUUACGCAUUCCAUUUUAUAGCAGAUCCCAUUAUUUCUCUUUACAUCAGUGUUUUGAAAGGCUAAUGCAUAUUUUAUCUUGUUUGUUUCAUUUAUAAACUAAUAUAAGUUUCAAGCACUGUCACAGUUUAUUUAGAGACACAUCUUUGGGUAUUUUGUGUUAUCAAAGACAGCAAAAUGAAUAUAAUUCUUUUGUUUUUACAUUUAUCUCUCACACAAAUGAAGAAAUAUUUGUUUUGUGUACAUUGAAGGUGAAUAAACCCUGAUCAGGAUAUUUGAUGUUCGUUGCUAUCUGGUUGAUGCAACAUCACAGCGUCAAAUAUUUGUUUACAAGGUCAGCAUAGUUAUACAAAAUAAGAAAUGUUUAAAAGAAAGUUUAAUAGUUCUUAAAAAAUAUUGCGUUGCUUAGCAACUUGUUAGAAUUUCAAUUCGUACAAAGUUUCACCCAGACUGUGAUAAUGAAUAAAUGUAAAGAGUUUCCAAUGAAAUUACGUUACUAGUGUUUUUCUGCUUAUGUCCCGGUUUGUCCUUAUUGAUUUGACGAUCAGGUUGUUGAAAAAAAGGAGGAGAUAUGUUUGUUGUCAUCAGAUGUACCGUCUGAUAAUCGCAUAGUUUCUGAAUCUUCUUGACAUGUGGCAUUUAAUAAAGCGUCAAUAAAAUUGUCAUUAAUGCUU